AAAGCUGAGUAAGAGAGGCCGAGCAUGAACAGAAGAAAGCAGGACCACUCUGUUCCAGAUUUGUCACUCCAGAUCAGCCCCCCGUCGACAGGCAAGAGCACUCCCAUGGCGACUUAUCAAAAGAACUACCAGGAAUUCGAUCUCUGGAGUCGGGCUCAGCACAACUCAAGCAGCUCAGUCAGUGACAACUCCUCCAAUUCCACUUGUGGGAGUGAGAGGUGGUGCAGGGAAGCAGCCGCUGCACCUCCAUCCACGGAGCUCUCGCUAGGAGCAAACCCCUUGUUUCGAGCGACUCCUCCCUCUCCUUCUUUCAAGAGCAGCAUAAGAUCAAGCUCGGAAUCAUAUGCAGCAGCUUUGGAGGCGUCUAGACCAGGAUUCGCUGUAUACAGCAGCAGCUCGUCACACAUUCCAGCAGCGCAAUCAUUUCAGAACUUAAGAAUUGCAAAUGAGGAUGCUCACUGCAGAUCCGCGGAUGCGUCCACCAGGAACAGCUUCCAUGCUUUCUACUCACACGCAUUCGGGUAUGCUGAUCAAUCGGGGGGAGCAGGCCAAGCAGGACAUGGGCUUGUGGCAACUUACAGCAACGCCGCUGGCGGUCUACAGCAGCAGCAGCAGCAGCAGCAGCAACAUCAGGCAUACAGCUCGUUCCACAGACUUCACAAUCGAGAAGGACUUCCCAACAUCUUGUCAGCAGUAAACAGCACGUCAUACGACUCAAGGGACUACCAUCAGCGAAGAUAUACACCAAGCCUUCAGGAAAUCUUGCAAGGGAGGAGCCCGCAAGGCCAAGGUCGGUACAUGGAACUAGCUGAGAAUGCAGGCAUCACAUUGUCGACCCUAACAAGGAGCAUUGCACAGCAACACGAAGCUCACACAGGUAGCAGCAAUCUCAGGUCGCAGUUUAUGCCUCGCUUACCCACCAAGAGAAGCAUGCGUGCUCGGAGAAUGCGAUGGACAAGUACACUCCACGCUCACUUUGUACAUGCAGUGGAGCUCCUCGGAGGACACGAAAGGGCAACACCAAAGUCUGUGCUGGAGCUUAUGAACGUCAAGGAUCUCACUUUAGCCCAUGUCAAGAGCCAUCUCCAGAUGUACAGGACGAUCAAAACAACGGACAAAGCAAGCAGCAGCUCAGGCGCUACGAAUGACGCGACCUCAGGAAGCCUGGAAUCGUUGAACGCAAGAAAAUCCAGCGAGCAAGUAGCGUGGCAUGAUCCCGAAAGGUCGAAAACACGAAUGGAAGAGGGGCGAUCAUCGGGCUGGGAGGCUUGCGAUCACGAGGAACACGAGGAGGAGGACGAAGACUUACCAGGGAAGAAGAAGCAAUCGAAGCCGCCAUGCCCGGAGCUCAGCCUGGGACGAUCGAGCUGGGACGAUCCACCGCCAUCGCCGCCAUCCUCCGAGGGCGAGGAGCUUAUGUUACUAAAAUGCUAAUCCUAAAGGAGGCCGUUAAAGUUUUGCAAGGCGGUUAAAACUUCGCUUGUAUGUUUCUUCCAAUUUUGAAAGAGCCGGAAGAAACAAACAAGAUGGAAGCUCACACUCAAGAAAAAAAGUUAUGAAGUAAAAAAGUUCUUCGAGAGGAAAAAAAAA